AUGCAUGCAAAUUUCAAAUACGAGAACCAAGUGAAUAUUAUGCUAUCUUUAUUGACGAUUGACAAUUACAUUAGAAUGAGUGGUGGUGGUGAUGAAACAUUUAAGAGACCGCAAGAAGAAUCUUACAUUCUUCGCCGUGAUGUAGAGAUUGAAGGCUCUUACAUUCUUCGUCGUGAUGUAGAGAUUGAAGGCGAUAAUGAAGCACAGGAAGAAGGAUCAAGUACACAACAUAUUGACGAUAUGCAUAUGAGUGUAGCUCCCAAAUCGAGGUGGUUCACGGCUCCCAAAUCGAGGUUGGGCGGCCGUCGUUUCUUCAAGUUGCAAUAUCGACAACUCUACCACCCAUCUGUGUGUGUGGUGGACUGCGCCUGUAAGGAGGAUAUGGAGACCAAAAAGACAAAAAAACGCAAACAACCGUCAGGCCUACAAGACGCCACAAUCGCCAUGCCUCUUAUGAUCGCUCUUCCUUCGCCAAAUAAAACAUCCGGUGCAUUUCGUGGUAAAAAGGUAACGAGGGUUUCGGGUUCCGCACCAUGUACGCCAAUCAAAUUAUCAAACAAGGAUCAUGAAAUUGACGUAAACCAUGAGACGCCGAGCAAAUUGAAGGCCAAGUUUAGGCCAAAAGUGAUGGCCAAUUCCCCAACUACAAAGGCGACUCCUUCCCUUUCUACCGGUUGUCGUCGGAGAGGAGAUUCAAAUGUGAAGUCAUCUUGCAGAAGACGUUUGGAUUUUGAUUCUGCAUAUAUCCAAACAAAAACGAUGCUGGUCUACACUGAGGGGGGGUUUUGCUUCACCCGCAACGUGAGAAAGUACAUCGCAGAUUACCAACAGACGAGUUUGGAAUACAAUAAGAAAGAGGAAGACGAAUGGUGUAAGAAAGAGCAGGAGUUAUUCCGACAAAGGGCUUUGCGUUUCAUCAACUCCAUGCGUCUUGUUCAAGGAAAUAGGCCUUUCAUGGGUUGGAAAGGUUCUGUCGUGGACUCUGUAGUUGGUGUUUUCUUAACACAAAAUACAGCAGACAGUUAUUCAAGUUCUGCCUUCAUGUCUCUGGCUGCAAAAUACCCCAAGGAGAAUAUCAUUAAUAAUAGUGACAAUCACACUGAAGACGCGCUGGACUGGAAUGCAGUUCGAUGUGCACAGGCUGAUGAGAUCUCUAACGCCAUCCACGAAAGAGGAAUGAACACUAGACUUGCAGCACGAAUCAAGAUGUUCCUUGAUAGCAUACAUGAUAAAAACUCUGGGCUUCUUGAUCUUGAGUGGUUAAGAAAUGCUAAACCUGGAAUAGCAAUGGAUUUCUUGUCUCGGGUAUAUGGAUUGGGUAUAAAAAGCAUGGAAUGUGUGCGUCUAUUGACACUACGACAACGUGCAUUCCCUGUUGACAGACAUAUUGCUAGAAUAGUGGUUCGCUUGGGAUGGGUCCCAAUUAAAAAGCUUCCUGAUGACGUUCUCAUACAUCAGCUAGAAGAGUACCCUAUCAUGAAAUCUGUUCAAGAGUAUCUCUCACUGAGGCUUGGCAACCUUGAUGCCGAAACAUUGUACGAACUUCAUUAUCAAAUGAUCACUUUUGGAAAGGUGUUUUGCACGAAGAAGAAACCAAAUUGCAGUUCUUGUCCAUUAAAGAAAGACUGCAGUCAUUUUGCCAGUGCAUAUGCAAGGCCUGAACCACCAGAGAAAAAGACAUUUGUUCCAGUUUCAUCUUCCAGACAAAAGAAAAACACUAAAAAUGGAUUCGAACAAGAUAUCGAAGAUCAUUGCCUUGGUCCUGUGAUUGUUAAAACCAAAGAGCUUAUGAAAAAUGCAGGCAGAUCAAGGACAGAACACCAAGUCUAUGAGCUUCCCGAUUCGCAUCCUCUUGUGCAAGUGUUGGACAAAAGAGACUUUGAUGACAAGAAUCCUUAUCUACUUGCUAUAUGGCCACCAGGAAGAAAAAAAAGGAUGCUCAGAAAUUCAUAAAUGAAAAGAAAGAGAAGUGUAUGCAUUCUUUUCUUGGUUUUGUGGAUCAGAAGAUGGUCCCGCAAUUAUGGGGUUCUAAGCCCUUGAAGGUGUGACAUUGUAUAAGGGGUUAAAUGCAAGGAGAAGCCCUCCAGAAUCCUUCCGGAAUGCUCAAAGAAGAAUACAGUUCACUAAAAUCAACCGAUUCACAGGAAGAAGAAGAGAUGGUGUUUGGAACAUAUUUGGUGCCAUGUCGGACAGCAACUAGAGGGUCAUUUCCACUUGAUGGGACAUUCUUCCAGAUCAACGAGGUAUUUGCUGAUGAUGAAUCGAGUAGAAAACCACUUGUUUUCCCCCGAAAGUUGUUAUGGGGUCUGACUAAAAAGAUGCUAUUCUGUGGAACAUCUAUAUCAGCAAUAUUUGAAGGUUUGUCAGCUCAGGAAAUACAAGAUUGCUUUUGGAAAGGAUAUGUUUGCAUACGGGGUUUCAGCAUGAAGACAAGAGCAGCAAGGCCUUUGCCAGAGCAAUUCCAUCGAAAAGGAAAAUCACCAACAAAACGAACCAAUGAUGGAUGAUGCACUCACUGGAUCUGACAGCUUUUGUUAGACUAUCUAUUUGGAGGUUAUGCAUGGGAUUGGAUCAAACGUACUUUUGUUAGAUGGUCUUUAAGUUAAAAGGUACAAAAUUGAAUUGCACGGCAGGAAGAUAAUAUAAUUUUUUUGGGCACUUUGGAGCCAAACAUAUGAUAUUCGUUUUUCUCAUUUAACUUAUGAUGAGAUUGAAUGAAUUACUUUUGGUGAAACCGCAAAGGCAUGUUGGAGAAUUUGCAUAAAAGACAUCGUGGGAAGCUCCCAAGUUGCAAAAAAAACCUUUGUCGAUAAUUUUGAGAUUGUCCAAGACAAAACUACAAAGUAGGACACAAUGGUAUUUUUUUUUUCGGGUUUUGGUCCAAGCCAUUACUUUUUUUGGAUCGGAUGUUUGUAUGUGGAUUUGGAAACCUAAAAACCUAAAAUGACUAAUAUGUCAUUUUAAUUUC